AUGCCUAGCUCACUCCCCUUGCCAGUCUCUUCCUCCACCGAUCGAUUGCGUGGGUCAUCGGUUGCUCGCUAUCGGCUCAGACUCACCUCACUCUUAUCUGCCGCACUCUUCGCUCGUGCUCGGACAACGAACUUGGCGGUCUUGAUCCUGUCAAGCAUCUGCUGUCUGAGUAUCUACUUUAACCUCCGAUCAAUCUUUUCAAUCACGUCCUUCAAAUCACAGCUCGACUUUCAGAUCCCUUCUCCACCUUUCCGGACACAUCCGGUCCCACCAAGCUUUUCGCAAUUUACAAAACUGGUCAUCGUUCCUGGCCAUGCUAUCUACAUCGGCGCCAAUCCUGCACUACAUGAUCCACUCGAUCCGAAAGAAUGGAUCCUGGAGCCCUAUCAAGCCAGACAUCCUCCUAGUUCGAUAGUCGCAUUCAUCAACCAUAUCAAGACGGCCGUUCACACAGUCUCCAGCGAUCCAUCUGCACUGCUCGUGUAUUCGGGUGGUCAGACACGUCCUCAGGCAAACCAGUCGACUGAGGCUGGCUCAUACUCCCGCCUUGCCAACCAAAUGGGAUUGCAUGACAAAUUAUCCCUAGGCCCCUUGCAAACUACGACUGAAGAAUUUGCACUGGAUAGUUGGACCAACUUGGUAUACUCGGUUGCAAGGUUCAAAGAGUAUACAGGACACUAUCCUAAACACAUCACGGUAGUCGGACAUUCAAUAAAAUCUAAAAGAUUCAAUGAUUUACACCGAAAAGCGAUGAGAUGGCCGCAAGAACGAUUUGAAUAUAUCGGGUUAGAUCCUAUUAACCUGGAUAGAUUUGCUUCAAGAUCAUCAACCAAGGAAAUUUCAGACUUAAGGGAAAUUGAAUUAUCAAUGAGCCAAGGAGAAAAAAAGGUUUACCUAGAAUUUGAGAAAGAUCUAUACGGCUGUAACUUGAGCUUGAUGGAGAAGCGUAAGAGACGGAAUGGCUUUCGAAGGUUCCAUCCCUACCUUAGCAGUAAUCCCGAGAUUCGAGAUUCUCAUGAGAAGAGAAUGUAA